GCUGCGGCGGAGGUACUAUGUGACAUUGUGACAUCCACCUCCUACCUGGAGCUCGUGUUCACCUUCAAGCAGCUCCUCCUUAAGAAGCGCUCAGAGAUCCUCACACUACGGGACAGGUAUGUGACAGGUCUGGAGAAACUGAAAGAGGCCAAGCUGUUGAUCACUGAACUGCAAGAAGAGCUAAAGCUGCUGCAGCCCUGCCUAGUGGAGACCUCUGCCAACACGGAGGCACUUAUGAUCAAGAUCGAACAAGACACCAUCCAAGUGGAGAGGAAACAAGAGUUGGUGGCGGCAGACGAGGCGGUGGCCAAUAAGAAGUUUGCCGAUGCACAGGCCAUAAAAGACGACUGUGAAAAGGAGCUCGCCAAGGCAGUACCAGCUCUCAAUGCUGCCACAGACGCCCUCAACACCCUCAAACAAGAUGACAUACGCGUCGUCAAGGCCAUGAAGAACCCGCCCUCAGGAGUCAAGCUGGUAAUGGAAGCUGUGUGUGUAAUGCUGGACCUCAAGCCAGAGAGGAAGCCAGACCCUAAUGGCUCAGGAAAAAUGAUUGAGGACUAUUGGGCACCAUCUCAGAAGCUGUUGGGGGAUAUGAAGUUCCUCCAGAACCUGCUGCACUAUGACAAAGAAAACAUUCCCACAAAGAUUAUCACUCACGUCCGCAACGAGUUCUACUCUCACCCGGAUUUUGACCCAAAGAAGAUACGUAUGGUAUCAAUGGCUUGUGAGGGCCUCUGCCGAUGGGUGAGGGCCAUGGUUGUCUAUGAUCAAGUCAUAAAGAUUGUCGCCCCCAAGAAACAAGCUUUGGAGGCUGCCAACCAUGAACUGGCCCCCCAGAAUGAAAAGCUAGAGGAAAAGAGGAAGGAACUCAGAGAGCGGUGGGCGGACGAGAAAAUCCCCGACGUAUUCUGGUUUUCUGGGCUGUUCUUCCCCUACUCCUUCCUCACGGGCAUACGUCAGAACUAUGCCAGGAAACAUGCCAUACCCAUCGACAGGAUUGACUUCCUGUUUAAGGUAAUGGAAAAGGAGGUGGAAGAUAUCAUCCAGGAAUGUAUCAGACCCAACUUCGUGGAGUUGCCAGUGGUGAUCGAGCGGCUGCCCACGCCAAAUGUGCAGGGGCAGUACUACCCCCUCGACACUGACCUCGAAGACAACGAAUCGCUUCCUUACGAUAACGACUCCCCCCAGCUCAAGAAGGAGGGUGACCAGGUAACAAAAUGCAGAAACAGAUAUCAAAUGCCAGGCUAAUAACUUUAGUACAGGGAGUGAAGGAAGGAAGGAAGGGAAAGUAAGUAAUAAAUCAGAGAGAGAGAGAGAGAGAGAGAUAUAAACCAGAUUAAGUGGAAGGGAGUAUUCAGGAAAGGAUGAAGAGUAGAGUCAGGUAAACUAAAAGGCUGUCUUGGUAAGAAUUGGACUAUGAGGAUGGUGAAGACAGAAUGGGAAAUGAAAGAUUAGUUAUCAAAAGAGAACCACAUAACAGAGAGGGAAGAGCUUGAUAAAUAAUGAAGGAAGAGAGACCAGGUACAAGCAGAAAUAGAUAAGGAAGGAUGACAAGAUAACAAGUGGUAGAAGGAUGAAGAAGGAACUGAAUAAGGAGGGAAAAGGUAGCAAGAUCAUGAAAGGAGAAGGAUAAAUCUUACCAAGAUGACAGGUAUGCUAAUAGACAAAGGAAAAUGGCAUAUGUGUGCCCUAUAUUCAAACAGGGUGAUUAACACGGCUCAAACAAUUAAGGUGCAGCCUUCUGGAGUCAUCCUACUUCCAGAAAAAAUAAAUAGAAGUUGGAAGUUACACAAGCCCCCAAGCCCCAUCUGUACAAGCAGCCUAAAUAAUUGUGGCUAUCUUGUCAUCAGAUUUACUACCUCACUUACUGUUACAUACUACAGGUACUCCUCUACUUACGAACGCGUUACGUUCCUGAGGCUUGCUUGUAAGUCCAUCUUUGCUCUUGUAGAUACCAAAUAUAUUGUA